CGAGCAUUCCAGCUGCACUGCAACUCUCCGCAGCAUGAGCAUCGACCGGGCUCGCCGGCAACCUCUCGCUCUGUUAUUCAUCGCAAGUACCUGGGUAUCCAACGGUUGCAGCCCCAUCGAUGUGUAGUUCAAGCGACCAGCUGAACACCAUCGACGUCUUCGAGAAGGUGCACCCUUGUCGCCUACCGCAUAAUCGAGGUCUCGGACUUUGGAGUUUGUUGCGCAGUCCACGGUGAAAGCCAGCACCUGGUCGUUUGCGAGAAAGCAAUCUGAAGAACGAAAGUUCCUGGUUUUUUCUGUAUUCGAACUUUCGGAGCACUGUAUGCAUGGCAAUGGCAAGAGCUGAGCUACUCGAGCGGUUUUGCUGGUUCUCCAGCGUCGAAUGCGACAACUUCGAGCCACGAACGAGAUGAUAACGGUCCGCCCACAACUCAUCGAUUUCCUGACGGUUCGACGAUAGCGUAGAGAUCGCAAAAAUGCCUCUACUCAAUGCCACUUCGGUCGCUGCGGUCUUUAUCCUGCUCUACUUAUCCUCCUUCGUCAUACUGGCCAUCUUGCGCAUCGCUACUGGCGUCUCCAUACAGAGGAUUGGCUAUUUCAGUCUGAGACACAUAUCUUAUACUCCAAGAGAAGGACUGAGGAUAGAUCUGCGAGGACUUGGGCUGAGCCUUCACAGACCGACGUUUGCUCAGCCAACAUGGAUAAGUCUUGUGUUCGAAGAAUUGAAGGUUACCAUCGACCCUGCCGUCUACGAGAACUCCUCCUCGAAACCUGGUGGCGCGAAAGAUGUCGAAGAACCCGCCGAUGCAAAAGAUACCUUGAAGAGCCGCGGGCGUCGGAAGCUGGAUGGGAGAAGCAAGCUGUGGAAGAAGUUGACGAAUAUAAAGGAGCGGCUCAAGCGCAUCCACCGACAAAUACACCUUCUCCGCAUGUUCGACAUCAGCUUUGUUAACACCACUGCCGAGGUCAUUGGCGUCGGUUAUGUGCAGGUGUCGAACUUCACCAUGGCAGUCUACACAAGACGGAGGUUACUUGACCGUGGUCGUCUUUUUCGUCACAAAAAGGAACCUCUCGGCAGCCAAAAGCCAGCAGAAUGGGUACUGACUAUCAGGAGCAUUCUGCUCGGAGCUGGUGGUCGCGAUCCGACGGAGAUCUUGGACAAUAUGACAGUCAAUGUACACGGACUUUUGUACAAAGAACGCGAAGGCCUACGGGAUACGUCGAUCGCCAUCAAAGGAGGCCGCCUCUAUAUUCCCGUCGAUGAGAUCCUACAUUUUACCCAACGAGCGAAGAACAUAUCAAAAUCUUCUCAACGACCUCAGCCUUUGAGCCCGGCAGAGGAAAUCUCCUUUGAGGAUUUGGUUGAAGAGCUUGAUCAGCCAGGAAGCCGAGAGGCUUCCAUCGUGCAAACUGUGGCGGACUCCAAAGAGUUCUUCAGCUCGGUAUUACGGAGUGUUCAAGAAAUCCAGAUUGGCCUGAGUUUCGUGCGCAUCUCGAAAGAAAUCGUGUCGCUCAGGCAGGCUAACCUCCCCUUGGUUGCGAACGUGGUAAUACACGAGAUUGGCGUCGACUUGCACAGGCUUGAUCAGAACUCUCCGGCUCACCGUAUGUAUUUUUCAAGGGAGGAUGUUGCUCAUCAAGCUCUUGUUGCAGCAGUAUCGAUAUCAGUCAGUUUGGAUGAGGACGAUUUUCAGACAAACAAGAUCAUGUACAUCCCCAUGGCUACCACAACGAUUAGAACAACCUUGCCAGCCAAAACCAUGAGUUUCACGCAAGAGAGGGACGUUGCUGAGAGAAAUGCAAACAUCCUAUUCGCCAACUUCGUGGUCACCUCUCCAUCACUGGACCUGGUACCGCCCCAUUUGAUGAGAUUGUUAGCCGUUGCUCAAUCCCACAGCACUUCGUCGCAGAGACCGCCACAAAAUCGACACCGUCUCAUAUCGAGACUUCUCCCGAAAGCGAGUAUCAAGUUUUCCAUCCACGAGCCGGUGGUCCGAUUUAUACUACCAGUGGCCAAUCCUACCCAUUCUGCCGCAGGCGAAUACGACAUGAUCAUAUCCUCCAUUACCUCGAUUUCUCUGGACGUUGAGUCAUCACAUUCGGCUGGCGGCGAGUUAUUGUACUCAUUAGGGUCGAACUUUCGCGUAAUGUCUCAUCAGCUCUACUACCAGGCAUCUACAGGCGUCAGGCACAAUAUAAUCAUCACUGAAGCACUGGAGAUCAAAAUCCAGGUUGCCGCGUCCACCGAAAUCGCUGUCAGCAUUGCUGGGAAUUUACGCACCUUUUCUAUCCUUAUGGUACGUGAGGAGGUCAGCAAAGCCAUUUAUAGUAUUGUACGACAUUUCAAACGCCAUGCACCAGCAGAGAAAACUCCCGCUUCGAAACCUGCGUCCACAUCUUUCUUGAGAAAGCUGCCAUCUUGGGUCAUCGAGGCGACAUUUGAGGGCUCUAGCUUCAGCGUUGAAACAGCUGGAGUGGAUUCCAGCGUCUCAGGCCAAACACGAGGUCUUGCCUUGGAGCUCGAAUCUUGGACGUCACACUAUACCACCUCUAGAAUGGACAUGGCCCGAAAGUCCCUUACACGGAGGAAGACGAGUAAUACAGCACGUUUCGAUGACACGUUUUCCCCUAGCAGACAUCUCUCGCCGCCCACUUCACCGCCACGACAUCGUCACAUUGAUCCUACUGAUGGACGACGUCUCACUGUUCAUGUCAAGGGUUUAGAGGGCUUCAUUAUUGAAUCUCUCGACAGCUGGGAAUCAAAACCCUUUACGUCAAUUCCCAGGUUUGAGGUUGCUUUCAGCACUUCCAGAGACCAGCAAGGACCGCUGUUCCAUAUCCAUUCUUCAGUUCGUGCAGUUUAUCUGGAAUUCUCCCUAUACCGAUUUUAUUCAAUAGGCGUUGCGGGCUCGAUUGUGAAAGAUGCCUUCUGGGGUCCCGCCAGGACCAUACCAGAUGUGCAUGGUCACCCAACAUCGAUUAAGGCCGAUGCCGCAACACACGCACCCGUGCCUCUUGGUCAAGAACUUUCUGUCAUUGAUGUCAAGGCCCAUUAUGUCCAGAUCAAAGGUCAGAUGCCAGCUGACCCGCCCAUGAUGUUACAGGUCUAUCAGGUCUCCGGCGGUCGGCACAGAUGGUCUGCACCAUUCUUGAGGGCCGAUCUCGUACGACUACAUGUUGAAGCGCCCCAUUUGAGAAACGUUUACACCCGGAUUGUCUCAGCCAGCAAUCUCCGCUUAGAUCUCCGGCAUAGCAGGAGGAAGACUCAGCAUGGCACGACUGAAGAACGGUCUAUCGAUGUUUCAACAGAGUUCAUCCGCUUGGCUGUGCCUUAUGGUCUACAAAUGUACAAGGUCUUCGACAAUUUUGUCAACACAAGCAAAGCAAUUGUCCAAUUGCACCAUCGUUUCAAAACAAGGACAAAUGAGUACAUAUUGAAGAAAGAGCCUGUUGCGCCGAAGAAAGUCCCUCGGAUAUCGUUCCGAUCAAAAGCACUUUGUUUCGAGCUCGAGGAUGAUCCAUUCGAGUGGAAGCUCGGGGUAAUCUACCAUGCUGGCCGCAUUGAGCAGAAGCAACGACUUGCGCGAGAGGACGCAUACCGCUUGAAAGUGAAGAGGCUACAUGAAGAGAGAAGGCCACGGUCGAUAUCGAGGUACCGCGGGCGUUCAAGUCGUCAGAACUCCCCAGACACAACGGAGCAUGCCACUCGUCGUUCUCGAAGCGCCGACAUCACCCCAAGGAAACGAUCUGCUUCAAGAGGCAGACGUAGAGAAUCCGCGCGGCUCCGGUAUGAUCGUGAAGGCACGUGCGCCUUGACAAGCAGCGCCAAAAUACAAGCCGGUGAGGCAUGGGAGAGGCUUCAAGAACACAAUGCUAGGAGUUGGAAAAGGCGCGUGGACUGGAUGAUGAGGCUCCAGAACAACACAAUCAAGAGCAUUCGACAAAUGUUCUCAGGAGCGGAUGAACCACCUCACGAUGGAGGUGAGCAUGAGGCUAUUCUUGGCAUGCCGAACAGGCCUGGCUUGAUGACGCUGAUUAUCAGCGACUUGCAUCUCCUAAUCGACAAACCCUCCUUUCCUUCGAGUGGCCUGCCGAACUUUCUUCAUGAGAUAGGGAAAGGUAUGCCUUACGACACCCAAUACGCCCUUCUGAUUCCCUUGAACUUCAGCCUUGACAUGGGCGAAGCCCGGGUAAUGCUCCGGGACUAUCCUUUAAAUCUUCUCCACAUUCCUGCAAUACGACCAGGGCAGUCCGCUCGUCUACCCAGCUGGUCAUUGAAAACCGACUUUGUCAUUGCCGAAGAAUUUCGGGAUGAGCAAUCCAUACGGCACGUUAAAGUAGAAGUGGUACCCAAAGGACAACACGCACAAAGCGGAGAGGAUAUUCCAGGUUUCUAUAUCGACGUUCGAAGAACCGUGUCUCCAGUCAAGACAUUUUCCCAGCCUGUCGUCGACAUCAACACCAGCUUACCAACAUCGAUGACUUGGGGUACCUCCUACCAACCAGUUAUCCAGGACAUGAUGAUGACAAUCGAGGGUUUCACAAAACCGGAGAUCGAUCCAUCAGAACGAGUUGGCUUCUGGGACAAGAUCCGCAUGAGCUUUCACUCACGUCUGAUCGUCAAUUGGAAAGGAGACGGCGAUGUGCAGUUGCGACUGAAAGGCUCCAGAGAUCCAUAUGUGGUGACGGGCUACGGAGCGGGAUUUGUGAUGUGCUGGCGCAACGAGGUGCAGUGGUCGAUACACUCAAGCGAUGAUCCUCGCGAGUUCAUGACCGUCCGAAGCGGUGAGUACAUCUUGGCCAUUCCGGACUACAGCCACGAAGCUCGCAGCGCCCCGGAACAACGAAGCACCCAGGACACCGACAGUAUGUCCAGCAAUGGUUCUCAAAAGAAUACCGCGCUCUUCAAAAAGGUCAUCAUGAAAGUCUCCGGCAACGUCCAAUGGACUGCUGGUCUGGUGUUCGAGCGCGACCUAGAGGGCGGAGGCCGCUCGUCCAGCUUCAUUCCACAUUACGAUGUGGUUUUGAGAAAUCCCGCCAUGACGCAGGGCGUCGACUUCAAGCGCUAUGAUGCAUUCCGCGGCUUCAGAAGUCAGCAUGUCCAUCUUUCUGUCGCUGUUGCUGCACCAUUCGAUCGCGACUGGCUAGGCGCUGAUGGUUCGCCUUCGGAGAGCUACAACAGCGUGCACCUGAGUCCGAGGUUCUUCUCUCACUUCUUCAACUGGUGGUCCUUGUUCUCGGGGGUGAUGUCCCUGCCUGUACGACAGGGUCCGUUGUGGCGAGGGGUUGAGAAGUCCAGCAAGAAGUUUGGCCGGCAUUUGGCAACCAUCAAAUAUGGCCUCCUGCUAUCCCCGCUUUUCAUCGCCCAUGUGUAUAAGCACAAAGAUGUUGAAGACUACCAGGAAGACGUCGUUUCUGCUACCGGCCUCAAAAUCAAGAUAGACAGUUUCAUGCUUGAUCUUCACCAGCGACGAGAGUAUUUUGAUACCUUGUCGAAGGGGAAGUCGAAGCAAAUGAGAACGAGUGGUAUGAAGAUCUACAGAGCCGAACUUGAUUUUAUGAGAGCGGAUCUUCGAGCUGUGGCGGCCAGCAUAGCUGGCACUACCGCGGAAGACCUGCAGAAAGCGACCGACGAAACACUAUCUUCGUUUCAGGAAGUGUCAGCCAAUAUCGACAUGUCCCAAUUUACGAUACCUGAUCGUGACUUCACCUGGAUCGAUAUGGACGACUUCGUGGAGUUGGAUUGGGUGUUGCCAGCCGAGUCGAAUCCGGAAACCAAAAUUCUGCCACUGGCCUUCACGCCGCGUUUUACAUAUUUCAGACAGACCGAUCACGGUAACGGCGGCAUCCAAGGGGAUGAAUCUCGCACGAGCCCGUUUGGCGAUGAAGAUACGCAUUUGUGUGUCAUGUCUCGUCACAAUGACCCGCGGAAAGUGCAGAUGAACCUGAUCGAGAACAGACUCCACGAUCUUGAGGAAAAGCUUGAAGCACAUAUGCGCAUAAUGAGUCAACAUGAGCUCAGGGUGAUUCGUGAGGGCGAUCACGACAAAUCAGUCAUGGACAAGCAGCAGACUCUGGUGGCGCAACGAAAAGAAUUGGACAGCAAGCGAAGAUUUCUGCAACAUGGUCUGCAACGUCUUAUGGUUCAUGGCAAUCCAGGCGAGGUCCAGGAUUCGGAAAAGAGUAGUUCGCAUGGACCUGGAAGCACUGCAACUUCUGCAACGGAAUUGGUGGACGCACAAAGCAAUGUCACUCCUCAAAUCGACAUGGAUGCGCUUUACUCGUCCAGCCAUGACGAGUUCUCGAGUGAUUUCAACAACCGAUUCAUCAUUCACAACGCUCAACUCAAGUGGAACAAUUCACUGAGGAAUAUUAUUCUUCGUUACAGUCACCAAGUCAGCCAGCGACGGGGUUUUGUCUACUAUAUGUCGCGGCGUGCCGUUAAGUUUAUUCUCGACAUUGUCGAGGAACAAGCAAAAGCUAAAGAGCUGCGGCGUAGACAGGAAAACAAAGACGCGCCCCCCAUCCCGGCCACUCCCAGCGUUAUGUCGCCAACAGACGAGAAGGACGAAGAUUCUGUUGUUCAGGAUCGAAUAAAUCAACUUCUCAGAGAUGCAACCCGGUUUGUCCAUGUGGGCGACACAGACAAAGAUGCCGAACCCCAAGAGGAGUCUGCUGAUUCCACUUCAGAACGAAGGCCUUCUACUGCUGACCUUGGAGACAAGAUAGCGGAAAACUUCCAAGCCAUGAACAGCUAUCACCUCCGAUUGAUUGCUCCUCAGAUACAGCUGCAAAGUGAGAAGAACGAGAAGGCGGCUGUUCUGAUUGCAACCAAGGGCAUGCAGUUGAAGGUUGUUUCAAUCAUGGACAAGGCUCGAAUGUCGGACGACGUCAGCGGCCUUGUUCAACGCCGGUUCGCCCUGGACAUGGAUGGCGCACAAUUCUUCGUGGCUAGUCAGAAAACCCUGGCUCAGUAUCUCCACCUCUACUCUGGUAACAGAUAUGGUAAUGCCCCUGGCUCAGCAUGGCCUCCGUGGGUUUCUCUGGAGGCGAUGUUUGAUUUCCACUUGGAGCCCUUUGGCUUCCAAAGAGUGAUCCAGAAGACGUCGGCAAGCCUGCGCUACGAGAAAUACAAUCCACUACGUCUCAAGUACAAUGAAGAAGUUGAGAGCGAUGGGAAGGGCGAAAAGGCGAAUCCGUCUCGCAGAGAAGACCGUAUCGACCACCUAUGGGUCGACUUCCCGAGAGUUCGUGCACGAUGCGACUCCCAGCAAUAUUACACUAUGUAUAUCAUUGUUCUGGACCUAUUGCUCUACAGUGAGCCACUGGAAAAAACGAGAAGCGAACGGCUGGAGAAGAUCAUGCUUGCUUCGGACUUCAGCGAUUUGCGAGGUGCGCCAGAAAUUGCCCAAAGGCUCCAAGAGCGCAUUCGGCAACUAGAGGAUAUCAAGUUGCACUUCCAGAUCAAUGCGAAAUACCUGGACAAGCAUGGGUGGCAAGAUCGAAUCAAUCUCGAGAAAGAUCUUGCCAGCUGCGAAGACGAAUUGUUCUUCAUCAUGAAAGCUAUCAACACUUCUCAACAGAGGAAUGACGAUCGCAAAGCCCUAGAAACAACCGGCCUUCUGCGUUGGUAUUUGAGCGCCUCGGAAAUCGUAUGGCAUCUAAUGCUCGACAAGGAUCAACCUCUGACUGAAUUCCAACUCGGUAAUGCUGCCUAUGAACGGAUUGACAACAGUGAUGGAUCCAACCACAAUGCACUCGAAGUUGAACAUAUCCGAGGCUGGAAUCUUCUGACCAACGCGCUGUAUCCGGAGAUCAUCGGGCCGUACUACGAGUCUGCAGACCGACGAACUAACAUGAUGCAGCCGCAAAAGAUGUUGGAAGUGCAAUGGUACAUGCUCGAAGCCAUUGCCGGGAUCCCAGUGCUUGAGCAAUUCUACGUCACCGUCCACCCACUGAAGGUGCAGCUAGAGCGCGAGCUCGGCAAGAAGCUGUUCGAAUACAUCUUUCCGGGCGUCGGAUCGAAUGCUUUCGAAAGCAACGACUCCUCGCCUCUGAUGGUACAGUACAUGGAACCGCUUGACGAGGGUAACGAUCAAGAACUCGAAGCUGCGCAGAAUGCUUUGAUGUCACAAACAGACCUUCGUGGUCCCAGCAUGGAACAGAAACGUGACACCUCCCCCGGGGAGAUGGCAAGAAGACUCAAGCCAACUUACAGCCUGAAUUACAAAGAGAAGGCCACUCCGUCCACGACGCAGGGCAAGUACAAGGGACUCGGCCUUGCCCCAGAGCAUCACAAAUUCUUCAAACAUUUUAACACAUCGAAUGCUCGGGCUGUGUUGAAAGAGCCGACGCGUAAAGGAUCGUCAGGCAGUCUGCGCUCGAACAAGAAGAACGACGCGUCGUCAAGUAGUCUCGUGGGGCUGGGUAACUCAGAAGAAAAGAGGCUUAACGUGCUGCACCGAACAACGAGCAAAGAGCGCGGCGCAAUCGGCAAAAAGAGCAAAGACAAGAAAGAGAAGCCCUCAGACGACCUGUCGCAAAUGAUGUCUCGCGCCUCGAAUUACAUGACGCUUGCGCACGUCAAGUUGAACUCAUUCAUCAUCUGCCUGAGCUACAAGGGCAAAGGUGACCGCAACAUUGAGGAUCUCCACGACUUUGUCUUCCGCAUGCCCACGCUCGAGUACCGCAACAAGACGUGGUCGAAUCUCGAUCUGGCGCUCAGGCUGAAAAAGGAUGUGAUUCGUGCGUUGAUAUCUCAUACUGGCGCGAUCAUUGGCAACAAGUUCAGUCAUCCCCGCCCGAACAAGAAGCAAGUAGAGCGGCUCAAGGAGGUUGCCAUGACUUCGACGAUUCCGAACAGUGAUAUCAAUCUGCAAUUGUCGGGAACCAGCGAGAGUACGAGCCUGUAUAGUUUCAGCCAGGACGGGAAGGAAGAUGAUUUUGAAGGGUCCGGGAUCACUUUUCAGAGUCCCACGACGCGCGAGAACGGUCAUAAGGUUACCGUGUUUGGAGGGGCGCCAAGUCCAUUGCUCAGAAGUGGGAGCUGGAGCUCGAAUAUCAAUCUGCCCAGGAACGCGACGUUGCAGGUCCCGCGGUCUGUGCCGCCACCAAGCAUGAAUGGGAACGGGAACGCGGCCGCGAGUGCUAAUGGCCAAGGGACGAUGGGGGCCCCUCCACGACCCAGUACGGCCAGUUCGCAUUCACAUACCAGCGGGCCAAGGACUUUGUUCAAAGAUACGAUCGGUCGACACUUCACGAGCGAUACAGCCAAAGGACGCGGCGUGCAUUUUGGACCCUUGAGUCUCGGCAAGAGCGAGAGUCAUAGAGAUGUUGCGAGCACGAGUCAUGGCGGUCAAUCUGCUGGGCGUGAGGGUCAGCACGAUGACGGCGCCGAGAGUGAUCCCGAAGGACAUAGGAGGAAGAGUGUACUUUUGUUGGGGAAAAAGGUGCUUAAUCGGCUGAGUUAGGAGCGAGGUUGACAGAGCCUAAUGAGCCUACGUUGGAAUCGGCUCGGAUCAAACUAUACCCUAGUACAGAGUGUGUAUGAGAGGAAGGCGUCCUUUUUCAUGAGGAUUGGAUAGGCUACAUGGAUUGAACGGACAUGCCUUUCUUGUGAAUGAUAUGGUCGAGGGAUUGAUUGAUGAACAUUUAGGCGGACAGAUGGAUAUGUUCUUGUGCUUGCUUCUUGCUUCUUGCUUUUAGCGACAGAGCUGAAUUACUAGUACUACCGGGGGAAAAGGCUCUGUUCUUUGAGUUGAGUACCUAGGUAUUGGGAUCAAAAUAAAUUCCUUUCUAAUUCA